AUGAGUACCGUAAUAUCACAAAUAAACUAUAAUCGUAGGCAUAAUAGCGCCGGCCCUAGUACCAGUUACCUUGGUAUUGAUGAUGUGCGUGAUCUAUCGAAAAUUUGUCGACUCUGCGGGAUAGUCCCACCCGAGCCAGUUAUCCCACUGUUCGGGCAAGAAUGUCGAAAAAAGCAAAUUUCAGAGAAAAUAAACCAAUAUUUGUCUAUACAGGUUGAUGAAAUGGACAUGCUACCAAAAACAGUGUGCCAUAGCUGUGCUCGACUUAUUGUAACAUGGCACAAAUUUGCAAACCGUAGUGUAGAAGUUGAAGCAAAAUUAAAACAAAGAUGCAAUGUACAGCAACAACCUAUUUCAACAAAUGAACAAAGGGCAACAAAUUUAAAUGAAAACAGCAACAAUCAAGCUGUCGAUACCUACACAUACACUGCGGAUUCUUCGAAUGGCAUGUCACCAGACACAUAUUUACUUUACUCCAUUGUAAAAAACGUGUUGACUGACGAUUAUUUUAAGGCUUUGGACAUUGACGAGGAUAACUCCAAUUUAGAGUACGUCUGCCAAAUAUGUCCCGGCAAUCCCGCCUCCAGGUCUAUCGAACAUUUGUGUUCUCAUAUAAAAUCUACACAUUACUCCAAAACUACUGAUAAACAGACCAUAGAAGAGUAUAUAAAGGAGAAUAUAACGUUUGAAGAAGUCCUCGGUGAUGACAUGAUGACUGAUGAUCAUGAACUUGAAAGAGUAAAAGAUGUGAUAGAAUUGCCUAAUUUCUUUUGUCCUUUUUGUGACAAUGCUUUUUCAUCGCCAACUCGUCUUAUAUGUCACUUGAACAAACAUAUUGAGGUUAGCAUCGAGGACGGAGUUACGUGUUGUGAUAACCACUAUCCAGAUAAGAAAACGUUUGUCGCCCAUUUGCAAAAAGCACACGUAAAUAGACAAAUUACGGGAAAGGUAAUAUGCAAAAGCUGUGAUUUCACAGCCAACGACAUCAAUGAACUACAAUCACACAUAAUCCAAGCUCACCCUGAGAGUAAAGACGAUUGCGACAAACCAAAAAAAGAUCCGAGUCCAAAAAAUCAGAAGUUCAUACCAGCAGUCUGUCCCGAAUGCAAUAAAGUUUUCUCUAAUAAAUAUAACAUGCUCGUUCAUAUGAGAAAUCAUAAUAAAUCGACCACCAAGUUUGCGUGCGAUAAAUGUAGCAAGAGUUACAAAAGCCAAGGGAGCUUGUCUCAUCAUCAGAAGGUGGCUCAUGAAGGGUUACUUCGGUUUCCUUGUCCAUACUGCGGCGAAGCGUUUCCUUCCAGGAUGACCAGAAAUAUUCACACUCGCAUUCACACGGGGUACGCACGAGACGAAAUCUCAGUAACCGAAGUUGUUUGUUGCAGAUGGUCACCCUACUCGGACCAAGACGAAAGUUACCGGGACGCUUGUGAGGAAAAAAAUAUUCGGAAAAUUGCCGAAUCUGAGAGCGACUCUAUCGCUUCAGACGAUGAACCUCUCGCGAGCUUGGCAAAUAGAACGUCGACUCGAGAUUUGUAUCAAGACUUUUAUAACGCUUUGAAGAAAUUUCGGGACCACUUCGUGAAUGACCACCGCGGGCAGUGUAAUUAUUCCGACUUCUCCGACUCGACUGAAUCAGACCAUGAAGACUUAGAGGAGAUGGAUCUUAAUGAUUUCGAUGACUUAACGGAGAGUAAUAUGAGAAAGGACAGAAUGGACGAAGAAACUCGGGUCGAGCUAAGUGAAGUGCAGACUAAAAUCAACGGCAAAGUGUAUUUCACGUGUAAGAUAUGCGGAAAGAACCUGAGCUCGUCGCACACGUACAUCUUCCACAAGCGCAUCCACACCGGCGAGCGGCCCUGCGUGUGCCACGUGUGCGGGAAGCAGUUCCGGGUGCCCAACGGCCUGCAGCGGCACUUGACGGAAACACAUUUGAAGCAACGGCGGUAUAUUUGCGUGGUGUGUCACAAGAAUUUCGCCAAUUCUCAGAACUUGAAACAGCAUAUGCGCAUCCACACCGGCGAGAGACCGUACGUGUGCUCGCAUUGCGGCAAGAGGUUUACACAGAGCGGGUCUCUACACGUGCAUUUGAAAACCCAUACAGAAAUCUUUCCUCACAACUGCGCGGAUUGCGGCGCGAAGUUCAGGCUACGGUCUAGUUUGAAACGACACAGAUUAAAACACACGGGGGAAAGACCACACGUGUGCGUUCAUUGCGGGAAAGGCUUCCGACAGAAACAUGAGCUCAACAGUCACAUUCUGACCCACACGGACACCAAACCCCACGCCUGCUCGGUGUGCGGCGCCGCCUUCCGCCAGCGCCGCGCGCUGCGCCACCACUGCAAGCGCCUGCACGACGCCGACGCAAGGGACCUCACGCUUAUGGGCUAUAACAACAUGCCGCACUACGAUUUGUUCAGUAACGUGAAAAAAGAGAUAAAAUCCGAGACCGCAGAUAGUCAGAAUUUAGUUGUUAAAAAAGAUCAAUCUGUCACAAAUCAAAAAGAGAACUUAGGAAAGCCACAAACUAUUGUAGUAAAAGAUGGCAAAAGAUAUGGAGUGUGUAAUAUUUGUAAAAAAAAUGUGUUGACCGCUUCUUGGAAACGUCAUCUACGGUCGCACCAGAGCGUCAAGAGGUUCAGCUGCCACACCUGCGGGCUCGGCUUCAACGACAGCGGCAACCUCUCCCGGCACACGAAAGCCAUACAUUCCGAGCACCGCCCUCACACUUGCCAUAUCUGUCAUAAAAAUUUCUCUAGAAACAGUCACCUUCAAGAUCAUAUAAAAUCACAUUCGGAUACUAGAGAGUACAUUUGCGACGUGUGCGGUAAAGCUUCCAAAUACAGCGCCGCUUUAAGAAUGCACAGGAGAAUACACGAGAACGACUAUAGGUUUCAGUGCAUGUACUGCGAGUCUAAAUUCAAAAGGCGCGGGCAGCUGACGGCGCACGUGUCGGUGCACACCGGGGAGAAGGCGCACGUCUGCGUCUGCGGCAAGACGUUCCGGCUGAGGAGUCAGCUCACGAGCCACGCGCGCCUCCACGACACAAUAGUGCUG